ACGAGGCAGAAGAAGAAAGAUAAACUGGCCGUUAAGAGAGAGAGUCUGGUCCACAUUCGAAAGGCUUUUCACCGUUCCUAUUCAAAUAACAAACCUUCUUCGCCGGUCAUAUGGAUACGACGAAGGAGGAACAAACCGCCUGUUCCUUGACGACUACGAUGAUAGAUGAGACUUAUGAGUUCACGGCGCCACGAUGGUACGAUUUCGAAAACGAAGAGAUGAAACUCGAUAAACAACGAUCGGAGCUCUGGUUCGAAUCAGCCACAAGUUACGCGUCUUCUCGUACGAUUUUCACAUUCAUUCAUUUGAAUUAUGUUCAAGGAUUCGUUCAAGCUGCUCUCAGUCGGUAAAAUAGGAGCUUAGGGUUUCGUUGUUUCUAUAUUUGAGCAGCAAGGCAAGAUUUGCAGCUUCGAUUCCCAGUAUCAAAGCCAGGAGCUCAUCAUGUAAGGUUGAGAGAAUGUGCAACUUCAGCCAAGUAGAAGAAGAGUCAACACAGUUGAAAGCUAAAGGAUCAUCUGAUGAACAAGUAGCUGCAGAUAACAAGGAGAACAUUCCUCCAUCACAAGCUGAGGUAUCUAUAACGACCAACACUAAGACGCAUCUAAAUUCUACAAAGAAUCGGCAUGUGCUGAUGCCCAUAAAACAGCCACAAGCCAGAGGCACUAAUCAGAAAACCAUAAAGAGGAAAAUCAAGCCAUCAAAAGGCAAAAGCUUGAUGGUGGUAAAUCCAGACAGAGCCAUAACUUUGCCUCAUAAGACGAAAAAAGGUCUUGUUAACUCGAGCUUCAACUUAUGUCCUCCAGUCACUAAAAAAACAAGGACAGAGAACAGAAAGGUGCAUUGUGUUCCAGUGAUGAUGUGAUCAAAACCUGGAGAAGUUGUUUUUAACUCUUGCCUAUUCGUUUUUAAAGUUUAUGUCCCGGAGCAAAUUACUCCAUUUGUAUCAACUGCUGAAUUAGUGAACAAGUUCCAACCUAG